GGCUGAAAAGGCCCAUUAGAUCUUUUCAGACUCAAUAUUCACAGCCAACAUGCUGGCAGGAAGGGCAACCGCCCUUGUGGGCGCAGGGACGCAGGGUCGACGAUUGGCAUACAUGUGGUCAAGCCAGGGUCGACCUGUUCAUCUCAUUGACGCCCAGACGAAGCAGCUUUCUGAGAGUGUCAAGUACAUUGACCAGCUCCGGUCUGCCUCCCAACGUCGCGACGCACGAUGGGGCGAGAUCAAGACUUUUACCUCGGACCAGUUACCCGCGGGGCUGAAAGAUACAUGGUUGAUCGUAGAGUGCGUUCCAGAGCGACUGGAGCUCAAGCGACAGAUGAUUACACGACUCGACGAGCUGGCGGCACCUGAAACCAUCAUAGCAUCCAACUCGAGCAGUUAUAGCAUAUCUGAGAUUAUUGAUGGCUUGAAAUUGUCCCAUGAACGGCGGAUUCUCAGCGCUCACUGUUACUGGCCUCCAGAGACCUCUGCAAUUGAACUCAUGGGUCACGCGAAUACUGAUCCUGAAAUCAUCCCACUCCUCAUGGAGCAAUGUCGGGAGCAUGGAUUCAGUCCUUUCCAUGUGAAGAAAGAUUCCAUGGGCUACAUAUACAACAGAAUUUGGGCUGCAAUCAAAAGGGAAGCAUUGCUCACAGCAGCAGAGGGAGUGGCAACUCCGGCUGAGAUAGACGCGAUUUUCAAGGACGUUCUGAAGACGCCUAAGGGUCCAUUUGAGCAGAUGGACGUUGUUGGACUCGACGUUGUGCUCAACAUUGAGGAGCAUUACGCAGAAAAGCGGAAAGAUGUUCCUCCUGAGCCUCGCGAAUAUCUCCAGCGAUUCAUUCAAGACGGUCUUCUCGGUGUCAAGAGCGGGAAGGGGUUUUAUGAGUAUCAAAAGCCAUGAGAAGGACUAGAUCGUGUUAGAUUGUUCCGUAAAUAGAAUGUCGAAUGCAGACUUCGUCCCUAA